CGCGGUUGCAUCAGAUUCUGGGACGCGCCUGUCGCGGCUGCCGGCCGGGAUUCCAGCGAUGGCGGGUUCCUCCGCGGAGCAGGGUAAAGGCCAGCGCACGCAGCAGCCCCGGUGGGCUCCUCCGCUCGGGACCGAGCCCUGCAGGCUGCGCCUCUACAACAGCCUCACCCGGAAUAAGGACGUGUUUGUCCCUCAAAAUGGGAAGAAGGUGACGUGGUACUGCUGUGGGCCGACCGUCUACGACGCGUCUCACAUGGGACACGCCAGGUCCUAUAUCUCCUUCGAUAUCUUAAGAAGAGUGUUGAAAGAUUACUUCAAAUUUGACGUUUUUUAUUGCAUGAACAUUACGGAUAUUGAUGAUAAGAUCAUCAAGAGGGCUCGGCAGAACCACUUAUUUGAACAGUACCAGGAGAAGCAGCCCCCAGCAGUGCAGCUCCUGGAGGACGUGCGUGCUGCCCUGAAGCCGUUUUCAGAAAAGUUGAACACAACAACGGAUCCGGAUAAAAAGCAGAUGCUCGAAAAGAUCCAGCGGGCCGUGGCGUUGGCCACGGAACCGCUUGAGAGGGCCGUGCAGUCUCGUGUCUCUGGAGAGGAGCUCGACGCCCACAUCCAGGGGUUGUUGGAAGAGGCAAAGGACUUGCUUUCCGAAUGGCUGGAUUCCAGGUUUGGCAGUGAGGUGACGGAUAAUUCCAUUUUCUCCAAGCUGCCCAAGUUCUGGGAAGAGGAAUUCCACAAAGACAUGGAAGCCCUGAAUGUCCUGCCCCCGGACGUCCUGACGCGGGUCAGUGAGUACGUGCCCGAGAUCGUGGCCUUCGUCCAGAAGAUCGUGGACAACGGUUAUGGCUACGCCUCAAAUGGGUCUGUCUACUUUGAUACAGUAAAGUUUGCUUCCAGCGGGAAACACACCUACGCAAAGCUGGUGCCCGAAGCCGUUGGGGACCAGAGGGCCCUUCAGGAGGGAGAAGGUGACCUCAGCGUCUCGGCCGAUCGCCUGAGCGAGAAGCGGUCUGCCAGCGACUUCGCCCUGUGGAAGGCCUCCAAGCCCGGAGAACCAUCCUGGGCGUCCCCAUGGGGAAAGGGCCGGCCAGGCUGGCACAUCGAGUGCUCCGCCAUGGCGGGCACCCUCCUGGGGGCUUCGAUGGACAUCCACGGAGGGGGCUUCGACCUGCGCUUCCCCCACCACGACAACGAGCUGGCUCAGUCGGAGGCCUACUUCGAAAACGACUGCUGGGUCAGGUAUUUCCUUCACACGGGGCACCUGACGAUCGCGGGCUGCAAAAUGUCAAAAUCGUUAAAAAACUUCAUCACCAUCAAAGACGCCUUGAAGAAUCACUCAGCCCGGCAGCUGCGCUUGGCUUUCCUCAUGCACUCCUGGAAGGACACGCUGGACUACUCGGGCAACACCAUGGAGUCCGCCCUGCAGUACGAGAGGUUCCUGAACGAGUUCUUCUUAAACGUGAAAGAUAUCCUUCGAGCUCCUGCCGAUCUAACUGGUCAGUUUGAGAAGUGGGAAGAUGAAGAAGUGGAACUGAAUAAAAACUUCUACGACAGGAAGACGGCGGUUCACGAAGCCCUCUGUGACAACGUCGACACCCGCACCGUCCUGGAGGAGAUGCGGGCCCUGGUGAGCCAGUGCAACCUCUACAUGGCAGCCAGGAAGGCCACGAGGAGGAGGCCAAACCGCGCACUGCUGGAGAACGUCGCGCUCUACCUCACCCACAUGCUGAAGGUCUUUGGGGCUAUUGAAGAGGAAAGCACCCUGGGUUUCCCUGUUGGCGGUCACGGAACUGGCUUGAACCUGGAGGCCACAGUCAUGCCGUACCUUCAGGUGCUGUCGGAGUUCAGGGAGGGCGUGCGGAAGAUCUCCAGGGAGAAGAAAGUUCCUGAAGUCCUGCAGCUCAGCGACACCCUGCGGGAUGACGUCCUGCCCGAGCUGGGAGUGCGGCUGGAGGAUCAUGAAGGACUCCCAACCGUGGUCAAAUUGGUGGACAGAGAUACCUUGUUGAAAGAGAGAGAAGAGAAGAAGCAGGUGGAGGAGGAGCGGAGGAGGAAGAAAGAGGAGGCCACCAGGAGGAAGCAGGAACAAGAGGCAGCGAAGCUGGCGAAGAUGAAGACUCCACCCAGUGAAAUGUUCUUGUCUGAAAGUGACAAAUACUCCAAGUUUGAUGAGAACGGUCUGCCCACACACGACACCGAAGGCAAAGAGCUCAGCAAGGGACAAGCCAAGAAGCUCAAGAAGCUCUUUGAAGCGCAGGAAAAGCUCCACAAGGAGUAUCUGCAGAUGGUUCAGAACGGCAGCCCGGAGUGAAGGGAGAAGACGACAGAUGUGCUGCGUGUAUCGUGUUUACAGUUGUCUGCCUGUCCUAAAUUAAGAAUUCUGUUCAUGUACCUUCACGUCCUCAUCAGCUUUGAGACACUGAUAAUAAAUGCACCCGAGCUGCGAGACCCCUGCCCUCCCUCUGCCGUCAGCCCUGCGCCCACCCGGGAGCUGCUGCCCAGUCAGCAGCCGUCAUCCGGGCGCCUGGGGCCGCUGAGCCGAGGGGUUGCUCCCCGUGCUGACGGCUGGCAUGUAAUCUCCGGUGCUCGGGCACACUGGAAGGUGUUCAAGUAGGUGAAAGACAGGCUCGAGCUCACAGAACCUGCUGACGCCCCCAAAGGCUGCCCGCUCUGCCUCUCAGGCUCUAAUGAAUAAACAAACCGCAGAUUCUCCAAAAGCAGCUCAACAUCCGGCCAAAAGAGAUGGCUCAGCGGGACAGGCCCUGGCAAGCUGCCUGGGGCUGCCUUCAGCGCCAGUGAAUCCCAGGUCCAGCGUGCAACGGGGGUCCUUGGCAUAGCCACCGUGUGGCCUCACCAGUGCCCAGAGCUGGGGUCGCUCGCCUCUUGGCCAUCCCUUAGCACUGAGGAGGGUGUUGGUGCAAGUAGCUACCUGCUUCACACCUGCAAAAGCUUAGCACCAGGUAGGAAUCCGUCAGGACUAAAGAGAAAGCUGCUGGUGCUUGGGUUAGGAAACGGGAAGCACCACACGCCGGCACGGGCAGCUGGGCAGGAUCUAACCGGAGACAUGUUGAUCCUUUGUCCUGGUGGUCCUGUUAUUAGGAAACUAACCCAAAGACUCGGCAGUGCAAAUCUGAAACGACGUGUGUGCAAAUGCUAUCACUGCACAACGAUGGACACUCAGAAGGUCCCAGAGCCUGGAAGGGCCUGGAAGGGCCUUUUUUUGCCAGCUGCAGGGGUCCCUCAGUGAACAGCACGCUGCCCCUGCCCACCCCAUUCAGACCACUGUCGGGUGACUCAGGCCAGUUCCUGCCCCACAGCCUCCCUCCGCUGAGUGCCUCGUCUUUCUUCCCUGCUCCCCAUUUUCUCAGAUCCUCCCAGGCGGAAUCUUGGGCCCCCCUCAGGCAGCCUGAACCCCCACGGCAGAAGUGUCCCAGGCAGGUUCAUUCUCCCCAGACGGCAAAUGGGCUGGCUGUGCCCUCCAGAAGGGCCCCCUGGGCAGUGGGGGUUGAGAACUGGCCUCUGCGCACCCACAAGCCACAGCCAGCCCUUCUGGAACCCGAUGGGGUCACGUUUCACCUUGCACAGUACUGAUUCGCCUGGCGGAACUUUCUUCUGUGGGUCCGGAAGCUCCUGCUUUAAAAACCAGAUUUAUGCCUUCCUGUUUUCCCUCCAGUCUUGGGUGUGUUUGUUAUAAAGACAUCACAUACUCAUUUUAAAAAAAUAAAAUAAUAAUGAAAAUUA